UCAGUCUCACUCUCUUUCCUCAUGAAAUAGUUUUUCUAAAUUGUGAUUAGUUAAUUGUGACCAAAAAAAGUAUCAGAAAAUUAAAAUUCUCACAAAAUCAAAUAGAUUCAAAGUUGCCCGGGUCUUUUUGUUUACUUCCAAUUUCUGGUUACCUAGUGAACUUUAACUCCUUUCAUGUAAUCAAAACGUUUGGAGCUUUUUAACUUGUUAACAGUUUAUUUGUUUGUUUUUUUAUUCUUUAUUUUCAUUCAACAAUUAAGAUCACCAAUUAACGAGUCAACAAUCAACUUAAUUCACUACAAGAGUGAAUUUAAUGUAAUCAAAAUUCGCAAUACGUUGUUAACCAUUUUAUUUUUCUUCUCCUUUUACUUGUGUAUCUAUAAUCUUGUUGUUGUCUAAUCAUCACUUUAACCCAAAAAAAGUGUUUCCAAUUAUUUGAUUUGUAAUCGUCUUCUAAAUGGUUGUGAUUCUCUAUCCAGUGGCAAUUAAUCAUUAAUCACAUUCCAUAAUUGUUACAAUUAAACCACCAUGUCAAUCCUUUCUAAAUUAAGUAUACCCGAUAGGUCCAAGCUUACCCGAAAUCAAUGGGUACUUAUUGUUGGUUCAUCUCUUUCCUUAACCUUAUGGACUUGUAGUGUUUUAUCAAGAGGAAAAUCAAACAGGCGAUCUAAAAAUGUCGAUGAUCAACCAUUGUUUCUUGAGAAAGAUGGACAAUUAUCAAAACGGAAAACAGACAAUUUAUCACAAACAAUGUCCGAGUUAAAGGUUAUCCUUAAUAUGAUUGCUGGUGGUAAAGAAUAUGCUUAUGGAGCUGGUGUAAUUUUAAUUCUAAUUGUUAAAACAAUUAACGAUCUUUGGUUAAUGAGCAAUGGAACCCAAAUUGAGGCUGCAAUUAUCACGGCCAAUUUGUCAAAAUUAAAGUCCAACUUGUCCGCCUUUUUCUUGGCUAUGCCGACCCUUGCAGUUACCAAUAAUUUGUUUAAAUAUUUUCUUAAUCAACUUCGUCUUAAUUUGCGAAACAAAUUAUCCGUCAUUUUAUACGAUAAAUAUAUCGAUGGACUUACCUAUUAUCGGAUCAAUGUGUUCGAUGAUCAAUGUCGCAAUUUGGAUCAAUUGUUAACAAGUGAUGUGGAAAAAUUUUGUAACACUCUUGUUGAUGUCUAUUCCAAUAUUGCUAAACCUUUGCUGGACAUUUUCACUCUUGUUUACCGAUUAUCGGUCAGUUACACUGGUUUCAAGACUCCGGGUGCCAUGAUAACUUAUCUAUUGGUUUCGGGUACAAUUUUGACUUCAGUUCGCCGACCCUUAACUCGAUUAACAAUCAAGGAGACUCAAUUGGAAGGACAAUUAAGAUACGUUCAUUCCAGAUUAAUUGCUAAUUGUGAAGAGGUUGCUUUCUAUCAAGGGAAUAGUCGUGAAAGGUUAACACUCAUGGGAGCCUUAGGGCGUCUUAAGAAUCAUCUAAACAAUGUCGCUAUAUUUAAGUUCAACAUUGACUUUUUAGACAAUCUAAUUGCCCGAUAUUUCGCUGUUGUAGUUGGUUAUCUGUCACUUGCAAUUCCAUUUUUUUCUAAUUCGAUAACUGGAACUACUCAAGAUCGUCUUGAAGCUUAUUACAAAUCUGGUCGUAUGAUGGUUCGAUUAGCAGAAAGUAUCGGUCGACUGGUUCUUGCAGGUCGUGAUCUUUCUCGUCUUGCUGCUUACACUCAACGUGUUACCCAAUUGAUCCGAUCAAUUGAAGCCAAUAGAAGGUCACUUUCCUCGUCCCGACGUUGUAAUGGUAUAUUUUCAACUGGAUCAGGUGUAGUUCAACUAUGUGACAUUGCUCAUCCUCAAAUUGUCUUUGAAAAUGUACCUCUGGCCACUCCGGGAGGUGAUAUACUAGUUAAAUCUUUAUCAUUCACAAUUAAACAAGGACAGAACGUAAUUGUUACAGGUCCAAAUGGAUGCGGUAAAUCAUCGCUUUUCCGUAUUAUUGGUGAAUUGUGGCCACUUUGUGGAGGAAAAUUAAUCAAACCACCAAAUAAUAGAUUAUUUUAUAUACCACAAAAACCAUAUCUUGCAUUGGGGACUCUUCGAGAUCAGAUCAUUUAUCCCGAUACCGUUGCUGAUAUGAGACGUAAGGGAGUCACCGAUGAAGAUUUGAUUACACUUUUAGCCAAAGUUGAACUAACUUACUUACUUGAAAGAGAUUACAACAUGGAUUCGAUCCACGAUUGGGCUGAAGUGUUCAGCGGCGGUGAGAAACAAAGAAUCGCCAUCUCUCGAUUACUUUAUAAUCGACCUUUGUUUGCCAUUCUCGAUGAAUGUACAUCAGCGGUUUCGGUUGAUGUCGAACAACGAGUUUAUCAAUAUCUGACCGUUGAAACUGGAUGCACUUUACUCAGUGUAACUCAUCGUGUUAAACAAUUACAACAAUUUCACCAAUUUGCCCUCAAAUUCGAUGGAUGUGGAAGUUGUUCAUUUGAAGAAAUCGAAGAGGAUUCAGUAUUGGUUUGAAAUCGAUUACGAACUCAUCGUGAUUAACUAACAUUGUAAAUAGAUUGAUAAUUUUUUUAUCAAAAUAUUAAUAGGGAUAAUCAACUAUUUGAAUUUCAAUUAGUUGUCUCUAAUAAUUGGAAGCAACUUUUUGAACUCAAUGGAUAAACUUUAUAUAUAGUGACUUAAGACUGAUACAAAAUAUAAUUAAUCAUCUGUAAAAUUAACUCAUCAUGAUCAUCUAAUCAUCAGUAUAAUAAUCAUGCAAGUCAAGAUAUACAUGAUUUAGCAGGGGAACAAAUUACUAAAGCAUUUAAACCAAUUGCAAUGAGGAAUCAUCACCUACAAAUAAUCACUAAAUAAUUUACAAUCAAAAAAUCUAUCAAAUUAUAAUGGUUUCAAUCAUCAAAUUAUCAUUGGAUAAAACCAUAGGAUGAAAAGACUGAAUAUCAAAUCCAAGCUUGGUCAUAAUCAUAAUAAAAUCUCAUUUAUUUCUGGUCCAAUUAGUCCAAAAACUGGCCAAUCGAAAGCAUUUCCCGUUUAUCCUCUGAGAUUAACACUUAAAAAUACUUAUAAUCAAUUCUGUACUCAUUUUAAUUGCACUUUGGUGUCGACAAGCAGUGAUCAAGAUGUCGUUUUGUCAAAAGGAUUUUUCAUUUUUUAGCCUUAAUGUUACUUUAUUGACUUGCUGGACGUAUAAAUGUCCAUUCAAUGAAUAGUUUAAGGUCACAUUCUGAGAUUUCUUUUAGAUGAAAUAUCCAUUGGACAAAGUUUCUCGCUUUUACUAUUACUAUAAAUCUUGAAUUGUUAAUGAAUAAGUUCAAUUGGAUUAACUCAACCUAUUGUAAAGCUUUUUACUCUGCCUUUGGACUUAUCCAACGUUUUAAUAACUCUUUUUACUGUUGAUACCUGUCAUCAAUUCUGGUUAACCGAUAUGGUUAAGAGCAUCAGAAAUUCUAUCUGAAUUUUGAUAUACUUGGGCUGAUUUGGAUAUUUAUUCUUGGUUUCAAAGUAUUAAAACGACAAAUAGUUAAUUAACUUAUAAUUUGACAAAAAAAGAGAUAAAAUCAACGUUGGAAACUGAUUUAAAAUAUGAUACAAACGGAAAUCCAGUCAUUGAGAUGAUCAAUUGAACAAAUUUGAUACUGACUUGUGAAUCUCUACAAAUGGAAUCAUCAGCUUUUACUUUAUCUGUUGAUUGUCCAUCUUCCAAAGUGGACAAUAUGUCAACAAGUCAAAUCAAGUUGAUUCUGUGAUUAGAUUAAUCAAUUUCUUCCUUUUCUAUUCUCAUCUUUUUGUCCAAUGUCUUUCGUUGUCUAAUGAACCUUUCGUUUUUCUAUGUAUCAUUUAUACAUUAUUAUUAUUAUUAUUGUUAUUAUUUUCACCAAUGAAUACAAGAAUGAUGAGAAGAUGAUGGCAAAGAAAGAAAGAAAAAAAAAGAUGAAAAUGAAACUAAAAAAGAUCUUGAAAAGAGAGCAAAAGAGAAGCAAGAAGAAGAAGAAGACAAAUUCAGUUCUCCUUUUGUUUUCUUCAUCUUCUCAUCAUUCAGUUUCAGUAUUUUUUGUUUAUUGUAUGAUCUACACAGAGGCUCCUUUUGUGUGAUAUUUUCCUCCUCCAUCACCACCCAUUAUCCACCCUGUAAUCUUUUGUUUCUGUCUAUCUUUUGGAAAUCAAGAACCUAUUGAACCGGACAAUGGUCAUAAUAAUAGCAACAACAACAUAAUUGAAAUGACCAUGAUGCAGGUUCAUUGUCAACUUAUGGCUGCUCACAUACCAUGCGAGGUUUCACUUGAAUGUAUUAUUUUCCACCCCACAUCCAGAUUUCCACUCUCUCACAAUGUACAAUAGAAUUGAUAUUAGAAGAAUUGAUUUAUAUAAAAAAAAAAUAUUGAACAUUUUCAUCAGAAAA